UUUCCUCUCAGCAGCAGCAUGUACUGAUAGACCACAGAGGGAAAUGUCUGUAGAGAUGGUGGAGCUCUCCGUGAAAACAGCGGAGCCGGUGCGCCCGGCCGGAGUCCUGCAGCAGAACCGGGUCUUCCUCGACUUCUUCUGGGACAUCGCCAAGCCCGAGCAGGAGGUCCGGCUGAAGGCCGUGGAAGACCUGAUCCAGUACCUGAAGAAAAGCGACCAGGCAGAUGAAUUGGACUACACAUUUAAAAGGCUGGUGGACGGACUGGCUCACACUCGAGAGGCAGCGAGGCCCGGCUUCAGCCUGGCUCUGGGACAGGUCCUGAGUGCCUUUGAAGAUGUUCCUCUACAGACUGUUCUCGACAGAAUCAAAGAAAAGCACAAUUUGCAGACCGUGAAAAAAAAACUUUUUAGAAAUGCUAUGUUUGGGAACUUGUUUGGCGUCCUCGCCAUUCAUCAGUCCAGCCGCCUCCCUAAA